AUGCCUUCGACGGAUCGCCAAACUGCUUUGGAUCUUUACAAAUCUUCGGUGGAACUUGAAGACAAGUUACGCCAAGUUUCCAAACAAAAACCACCUUACGAUAAACAAGUGACAACCCUGCGCAUCAGUCUACGUGACCACUAUGAAAAAAUUAUACUUCUCGAUUAUGAAUUAUCACAAACUAAGGAAGUUGAACAAAAUUUGUGGAGAUAUGUAUAUUACAAGUUUAUCGAAGACUAUAGAAAGAGGAUUCGCAACUCAUCAGCUAAUAGUGAAAAAUCCAAGGGUACUCCACGCAAGUUGUCCGGUGCAUUCCGUUCGUUCCUGCAGGAAGCGACAGGCUUUUACUUCGACUUCAUCAAGAAGCUUGCCAUUCAUUUUGGGUUAAAACAAUUGGAUCCGAUCAUUCAAAAAUUUGGAUCUACCUUAGAACCUACCGACAUUUCUCAGUGCCCUUAUGAUGACGACAUUAAACAGAGAGUUGUGCUCAGCUGUCAUAAAAGUUUGAUAUUCCUUGGAGAUUUAGCACGGUAUCGUGAAUUGCAUAAUGACAAACCACGUAAAAAUUGGUCUACUGCCUGCGAUUAUUACAACAAUGCAAGGCAACUAAUUCCCGAGAGUGGAAAUCCUCACAAUCAACUGGCGGUUAUUGCAACUUAUAACGCUGACGAUUUUGCUGCCGUCUAUCAUUAUUAUCGGAGCCUUGUCUUGAGGCAUCCUUUUCUCACAGCAAAGGAUAAUAUUAGUCUUUUGUUUCAAAAGGCCAAGAAACCCUCCACUGAUACAUCCGAGAGAGUUCAAGAAAAUGGAAGUAGACGACGCUUUUCCCAUCAGCGUCAAGCAUCAUCGCCCGCCAACUCAAAUAAGUUGCGAACUGGUGAUGCCACUCAAUCUUUUUUUGCGGAUUUUACCCGAUUACAUAGCAUUUUGUAUUUGAGAGAGGACAUAGAAUCCUAUUUGGAAUUGAAAACUUUGGAACUAAAUAAGUUAAAGGAACUCACUCAAGCACGCUUAUUGGACACUGAUCAACUCUUGAAGUUCACAGUUAUCAACAUGGCUGCGUUGUUCGUGAUUCGUCAUAUUUCCAGCGGAGAGAAGGUCCAAUCUGACAAUGGUCAAAAAGCUAAAAACGCUCAUUCGAAAAAGGUCCUGGUGGAAAAAUUUGCAGUAUUGUUAAUUUUAGAUACCCUGUCAACUUUGUUGGAGAUGU